UAAACAACUUUUAUUUUCACUUUGUUGUUUUGUAAUAAGUCGAUGGAGAAGCACAAUAGCACGGAAGUGUGUAAUGAUUACUAAGAAUAAUGUUGGAUUAAAAGACUGUUUAUAUAUCCCAUUAUGAUUUGCUUUGAUGACAGUUAACGAUAAAACAAAGGAAAAUGAGCAAAGUCGAUGUUAAAAUUGUACUACUUGGAAAGGAGUACUCUGGGAAAACUAGUCUUGUGGAACGAUUUGUUUAUGAUCAGUUUAUUGGUGAUGAUUCGUACCAGAAUACAAUUGGAGCUGCUUUUGGUGCUAAGAAAAUAGAAGUUAGUGGUGAUGUGCUUACAUUAGGUUUGUGGGAUACUGCUGGUAGUGAGAGAUAUCAGUCAAUUAGCAGAAUAUAUUAUCGAAGCUCUCAUGCAGCAGUUGUAUGUUACGAUUUAACUGAUGCAGAAAGUUUUGAAAAAGCCAAAUUUUGGAUAUCAGAGUUGAAGCAAGUUGAAGAAAAAUGUAAAAUAUACUUAUGUGGAACAAAGAAGGAUUUAAUAGCAAAUGAUCGUAAGCAAAGGGCCAUUGAUUAUCAUAAUUUAACAGAUUAUGCUGAUGAGGUACAUGCAGAAGUAUUUGAAACAUCUAGUAAAACAGGAGAAGGAGUGUAUGAGCUGUUUUACAGAAUAGCUGAAAAUUUUUGGAGAGAGAAAAUAGUCACUGAAAAUGUGGGAAAUGGUUUUAACAUCUUAAAUAUAGAAGAAAGAAAAACAAAAAGGUGUUGUUCAUAAGGAAGAUAUUUUAUAAUACAAACCCAUAUGUAGUAUUUUUGUAGCUGCUUACUGAUGUAUAUAAUAUCUGUACAAGUGCAUUUAUGGCAUAUUUUCAUAUUUUUGUGAUUUAAUUUAAAAACUGUCUGAUUUGUGUAAUUUGAAAUUUUACAAUAUUUUCUGUAGUUUUGUACCAACAAUUGAACAUGUUUAUUUAAAUAAUAAGCAAAAGCAAAUUUCUGUCACAAAGUGGUACGUAUUUUAUGUCUUCAGAAUUCAGCUGCAUUUAUUAGCUGUAGAAGCUAGGUUAACUUAAUGUUCUAAUAUUUUUUUAUCUAUACAUUAAUAUUCAACCUAGUUACUUUCUUUUAUUAUUUCUUUAUUAUAUAUUUUUGACGAAAAUCUCUUAAAGGAGGCAUUUUGCAAAUAAGCUGAUUACAUUGAUGUAAUGUAAUGUAAAGUUUCACAGGUAUCUGUUAUAAUUGAGUGUUUAAUUUUAAACUGUGAAUGAUUAGAAGCAAAAUGUUUUAUUAAUUGAAUCUAGUCUACAUUCAAUAGGAUCUAUUUUUGAUUCUAUAUAACAUAAUUUUUUAGUUCGUAUUUUCGAUAUUCCAUAAACAUUUUGAUGUUUUAAACUGAUGGAUCAAUGGUUGGUAUAAAUAUUUUAUUUCUUGU